GCCAUCAGCAAGCCUCUGCGACGAACGCGCAUAUCCAACUGGUGAACCUGACUCGACUCAACUGACGCCCGAUAAACAAACAACGCGGAGGAGCGCUCUACAUUCAAUUAAUUUGGGAGAAAUAUCUUUCCGUUUAACUUGUGUGGACGUCGAGACACCGAUUCACGGGCCUCUGUGAGAGAGUGUGGCAGCGAUGUCCCAGGACAAAAGUGGCUACCCAGGCAUGGGGGAGUGCAACCCCCUGCACAACAACAUGUACGGCCCGCCCAACCCGCCAGGCUUUGGCCCGCCGCCGCCCAACUACAUGGGGGGUCCCGGAGCCCCUGGGUUCCCUCCCCAGGGAGGCUUCCCCCAACAGGGCUUCCCCCAGCAGGGAUACCCGCAACCGGGCUUCCCCCAGGGUGGAGCCUACCCACAGAUGCCUUACCCACAGAUGCCCUACCCAGGACCCGGGUACGCACCCGGCCCACAGCAGCCCGGCUUUGGCCCCGAUCCAAACGCGAAACUUGGACCCCCUGAUGGUGACGCCCCCAUGAUGGACAGCCCUGGUUACCAUGGUGAGAAUGGGCCUCCCUCCUACUAUGGCAACGAUGAGUUCACCAACUCUGGCUUUGAGGACAAGUCCAUCCGCCAGGCCUUCAUCAGGAAGGUCUUCUUGGUGCUGACGGUGCAGCUGCUGGUGACCUUCUCCUUCGUGGCCGUCUUCACCUUCCACCAGGACGCCAAGAUGUUUGUGCGCCGCAACCCCUGGACGUACUACGUCUCCUACGCCAUUUUCUUUGUGUCCCUCAUCGUGCUCAGCUGCUGUGGAGAGUUCCGCCGCAAGCACCCCUGGAACCUGAUCGCCCUGUCCAUCCUGACGCUGAGCCUGUCCUACAUGGUGGGCAUGAUUGCCAGUUUCUAUAACACCGACUCUGUGAUCAUGGCUGUUGGCAUCACUGCGGUCGUCUGCUUCUCCGUGGUCGUCUUCUCCCUGCAGAGCAAGUAUGACUUCACCUCAUGCCGCGGCGUGCUGUUUGUGUGUCUGAUCGUGCUGAUGCUCUUCGCCAUCCUCUGCAUCUUCAUCCGCCACAGGAUCCUCCACAUCGUCUACGCCUCGCUCGGCGCCCUGCUCUUCACCUGCUUCCUGGCUGUGGACACGCAGCUGCUGCUAGGCAACAAGCAGCUGUCGCUGAGCCCCGAGGAGUACAUCUUCGCCGCCCUCAACCUCUACACCGACAUCAUCAACAUCUUCCUCUACAUCUUGGCUGCCAUCGGCCGCUCCAGGGAUUGAGCGCUCAGCGCCCCUCGCUGGACGGGAGGGGAAGAAGCGCAUGUGAAUCACAAAAAAAGGAUCCUGCAUCCACCACCCCUCCCUCUGGUCAUCAAUUCUAUUUUUUUUGCUUUCCUUUACACCUCUGUCUCUUACAUUGUAGCGGUCUUAGUGUUGUGUUUAUUUUUUCAUUGAUACUAAUGUGAAAUGUUGGAAGUAUUAAAGUAUUCCUAUGUUGUUAUUUUGUUUUGUUUUUAACAAAGCGCUUCGAGGCAUUUGAUAGUUAUGUACAGGAAGUCUUUUUAAAACGACUCGGGAUUCUUCUUCGAUGUGUGUAGUUGUAAUUAUUUAUAAGAUAUUUAUUGCAAAGAUUGUAUAGUUAAGGCUGUAACAGUGCUGGAGAAUAAGUUGGCCGCCUGUCUCUCUUUCUCUCUCCUCCGCUAUUCUCUCUCUCUCUCUCUCUCUCUCUCUCUCUCUCUCUCUCUCUCUCUCUCUCUCUCUCUCUCUCUCUCUCUCUCUCUCUCUCUAAUAUAAGCAACUGUCCAACUUUGUGAGGUUUUCAAACUGUGAUUGACAUUGAAUAAUUUGACAUAUAAUUGAACCAUCAAAAGUAAUUCUCUGCAAACAAUAAGACGUUGAUGUGAAAGUGUGUGCAUACCUGUGUAUAGUGCAGUUUGAGGCAUUUUAUCCAGGUUUAAUUCUUGUCUCGUACCUUUAAAAGGGAAUAUUAUAUUUCAUGUGAAAAUGCAUCAUUGUAAUAAUAAUGCAGCGUCAUACAGCUACAGGUGUAAAAUAUUUUUGUUUGCUAAUCAGAAUUGAACUCCAUACAGAAAGUAGUAUGUCGUAUUACAGCUGCACUGAACAGCUGAAGUCGUGUUUUUUUCUUUUAAAAUAAUUAUUCUAAAUUACGAGAGUAAAAGAGACAGUUGACACAUGCUGCAAUGCUUGACUUGAAUGUGCAUUUCUGAAUGAAGGAUAAGCAGUUAAAAAGACAAUAUGUUGGUUGAAAAAAUAAAUAAGUAAAAUAAAGGUUUAAAAAAGAGAGAUGGGAGGGUGUGGAUAAACUGGCUCUUGUAAACUAACCUGCAUGUUGUACUGGUGUGUACAAAACGCUGCUGUUGCUGAAAGACUCCUGACAAAGAAAGACACCUCCACACACCCCUCCACAGCUCCCCUUCUCCUUUCCCCAUGACUUAAUUCACUUGUGUUAUGUUCUGCAACCUUGUCUUAUAGAACUGGGGGUAUUCCAAGAGGCUCAGUAGUAAACCAGGUGAAGUUGACCUUGAGGUAGUGGCAAAUCAUCUAAUAGAGGAGCCUGGAGUCCUCAUUUUCUUAACUAAAUGACACUCGUGGGCGCUCUAUUAGCAGGUUUACCACUUCCUGUAGGUUAACUUGGCCUGAUUUAUCACUUAACCGUGUUCUUGAAAUGCCCUCCCUGAUUUCUCUAUUUUUUUGUUUGUGUUUGUAAUUAACUAACAGCUGUAGGUGAGCCUCUGUAGUGGACUGAAGUGUUUAGGGUAGGGUGCAGCUUUGGCCUUUGUAGUUCUGUUUGCACUGUACAUUUGCAUCCAAACGAACUGGAAUUGUAUUCCUCUUCACUGCUGUAUGCUUUACAUUAAAAUAAGGAAAAAAACACACACAA